AUGACGGCCAUCGGGGCGCAGUCACAGCACCUGCUGGCACACCGGAGACCACAGAAAUCCUUCUUUGAGACACUCAUCAGGAGCCUGAUCAUCCUCUGCGUGGCCAUAGCCGUGGUCUUGUCAUCCAUCUCCAUCUGCGAUGGCCGCUGGCUCUUUGCAAGGGGGCAGCUCUUUGGACUGUGGCACUUCUGCACCGUUAGAAAUGACAGUGUCCUGAAGUGUGUCACUGACCUCAGCCUGGCCCAGGUGGAGGGGCUGAGCGUGGGGGUGAUUCCCAUCAGGAGCAUGGUGUCCUUUGCUGUUGUGGUUGCCAUAUUUGGGUUGGAGCUGCUGAUGGUGUCCCAAGUCUGCGACGAUGCCAAUGCAAGGCGGAAAUGGGCAGUGGGUUCCGUUCUCAUCCUCAUCUCUUUUUUGCUGUCAGCCACUGGUGUUCUGAGCUUCUCCAUCCUGGUGAAGGACCACCUCACCUUCACAGGCUUUACGCUGACUUACUGGUGUGAGUUCACUGCUGCCUUUCUCUUCUUCCUUAAUGGAAUCAGUGGACUUCACAUCAACAGCCUCACACACCUCAGGAGUGGGGUAGGCAAAAUCUAG